GGCGCGGGGACACUGCCCUUGGGGCAGCCUAAAAACCCAGCACUGGCCAACUACACAGCAGGAUGACCGCCCACUUCAGUUCGUGUUGAGGGAGAAUAUUGUCCGGUUGUGGAAAAAUUUAGGAUAUGUUACUUUUUUUAAAAGGCAGAAUACAAAAGUUUAGUGUGAUCCUGACUUCACUCGGGAAAAACAAAAGCGGUUCCUCAAGCCCAGGAGUGCCUCAUUGACAUGUAAACGAGGGACACUUAUAAAGGCGGCGCCACCUCCCCCGGGCACAGAUACGACAGCAUGGGCACUGAGCUGGAGACCCAGGGCAGCUCUGGCGGUCCCUCCUCCGGCAGCUUCCGCAAGAUCUCCAAGCCACUGAUGGAGAAGAAGCGACGGGCGCGCAUCAAUGUGUCGCUGGAGCAGCUCAAGUCGUUGCUGGAGAAACAUUACUCGCACCAGAUCCGGAAACGCAAGUUGGAGAAGGCAGACAUACUGGAGCUGAGCGUCAAGUACAUGAAAAGCCUUCAGAACGCAGUGCAAGGGCUCUGGCCGGUCCCCAGCGGAGCCGAGUACCCGUCGGGCUUCCGCGGCUGUCUGCCCGGCGUCAGCCAGCUUCUGCGGCGCGGAGACGAGGGCGGCGGCGGCCUGCGCUGCCCCCUGGUGCACGAGCGCGCGGGUGGCAGCACCAUGGACAGCGCCGGCCCCGACCCGGAGGCGCCAGCGCGUUGCGGCCCCUAUGCUCCGGCCGUUUGGGCCCCUGCUCCGGCUGCCGGCAGCUCGCAGUCCCCGCCGCCCCGGCUCCUCUUCCCUGGAGGUCUCCCCGGCCCGUCCACCAGCGUCCCGGAGCCGCAGCCGGCCUCUCGCCGCUUUGCCGAGAGCCCGGGGCCGGGGCUGCGCGUGUGGCGGCCCUGGUGAGGCGGGCGCGGCCUCGGACUCAAGGGGGCCCCCAUGUGCCCUGGGGACCCAGGGACUUUUUUGAGCGCGCCCGUGGUGACGGCCGGGACCCUAGUCGUCUGUCCUGGUCCCAGGGUGGGGGUAGCGGGGAGGGUGCUGCGUCCUCGCGAACUCGGGGAAAUACACGGAGCCACUCGUGGACCAGGGUCUGCGCGUCUAGGCAUAAUCCACCCCCCAUCCCAGCCCCACCUUCUCAGGCUGGACCCCAGUCUCCUCCCACCCUCUAGUGGGACUGGGAGGGGGUGUCCCAGGCUGCGCCCCUUUCCCAGGGCCCCCGGCAGGCAGCCCGCCCCCGCCCCUGCCCCGCGGCCGCGCUGCGGUGGGAAGGUCGCCGUCGGCAGCGACGCAGAGCGGACCCCUCGCAGCGAGGAGAAUCGCUGCCCCGCCCCGGCCCAUUCAGUCGGCCGGGGACGCCCGGUUCCCACCGGCACAAAGCGCGCCAGGCACCGCCCCGCCCCGCCGGCGAGGGGCCCCCAGCCCAGCCCUACCCCAGACCCUCUCCGCUUCCACGAUCCCCACCCCCUCCGCACACGGCGCGGCCCACCAGGCUCGCGCGCGCUCCGGGGCCCGCCCCUCUCAGAAGCCCCGCCCAUAAGAUGCUCCGCCCAUCCUACGCCCCGCCCCUCGCGGGUCCUGGGAGGGACGCCGCGCACCAUAACGCGGGCUUGAGGGGCGCUAGAGCAAACCCGGGCUCUUCUCGUAGAGGGUUCGCCCCUCUCCACUCAGCGAAGACGCCCCCGGUCUGCAGUCCAGGCCACGGGCCCGCAGCACCCCCGCCUCCGGACCUCUUGGGCCGCCAGGGAGCCCGCGACCCUCGAAAACCUCGGAGCAUUCUGCGCCUGUCCAAAAUGAGGUCAUGGCUGUGGUCGGACUCCAGCCAGGGGGUCCCGGCCCACGAGGGGCAGGCCUGUGGGUGGGGCACGGGGAUCCUGCGCCGAGCCCAGGAAGAUCCCGGCACUUCCUCCCAGAAGCUUGAAAUUCAGAAUAAAGACAGUACGAACCUGUGAAAUGGGUAUAGAGACCACGAAGGUUCUAAUUUCUCCCACUAUGCCUGCUACAAAUAUCAGUUUUCUAUAAAACACUUAUCGUUGUGGGCUGCCCUUGCCUUACCUGUCUGUUAAACCCGUCUUGGUCAGACCGCGGGGAGAGAGCGGCCUGCCCCCUCUACCCCACCCAGGGGGCUUUCUGGAGCGCAGGCGUGGUCGGUGGUCCCGGCUGUGGCGGUUCCCAGGCGGUCUCUCCAGUCUCGGCUUCCAGCACUAAUCCCUAUGCCGGCCACCAGGUGGCAAUCUUGCACCGCGGACCCAGGGCGCAGCCUCCGAAUUCCAACCCCGGCCGGCGGGCGGGUCACCAGGCACAACAGGUCCGGCGCCUUCAGGUCGGGUCCAACAGCCCUGCCCUUACUCGGCCUCCUGACUCAACCUCACAGGAGCUAGCGGCCCCUGAAGCCAUCCUCGGGGCAGAGGCUGCCACCUGCACUCAUAGGGCUGCUUCUGCUUUAGGGCUUUGGUACCCACCCCACCGCUCCAUCCUGUCGCUGCUCCAGGCCCGUCUCACUCGCUGGGUGGGGCCGCAGCACUUGCGCAAUGGGGCGAGUCCGAGCCGGAGUAAUGGCGCACUAGCGGAGGAAUUCAGGACCCAGAGGGAGAGCCAUUGGGGGCAGCUGAAGGUGUUUCCAUGAAGCCAGCCUAGGAAUGCCAGGUGCAAAUC